GCCUUCAUGACCUUGACUCUGUUUCCUAUCCGACUCUUUUUUGCUGCUUUUAUGAUGUUGCUGGCCUGGCCUUUUGCAUUCAUUGCUUCAAUGGGAUCUGAUGAGCAAGAGCUUGAAAAGCCCCUCUCCUGGUGGCGAAAGAUAGUGGAUAUUUUGCUGAAAGCAAUCAUGAGAAUGAUGUGGCUUGCUGGUGGAUUCCACUGGAUAAAUGUAAAAGGCAGACGCGCGUUGCCAGCGGAAGCAGCUAUAUUAACUGUUGCUCCCCAUUCUUCCUACUUUGAUGCCAUUCCAGUAACUAUGACGUUCGCCUCCAUUGUGAUGAAAGCAGAAAGCAAAGAUAUUCCUGUUUGGGGAACUCUAAUCAAAUACAUCCGGCCAGUAUUUGUAUCUCGGUCAGACCAGGAUUCUCGCAGGAAAACUGUUGAAGAGAUAAAGAGACGUGCUCAGUCUGAUGGUAAAUGGCCACAGAUAAUGAUAUUCCCAGAGGGCACUUGCACAAACCGAUCCUGUCUAAUUACAUUCAAGCCUGGAGCAUUUAUUCCUGGAGUUCCUGUACAGCCAGUGGUUUUACGUUAUCCAAACAAACUGGAUACAAUCACAUGGACGUGGCAAGGGCCAGGAGCGUUAGAAAUUCUGUGGCUUACUUUGUGUCAGUUUCACAAUUCUGUGGAAAUUGAGUUUCUACCGGUGUAUAUUCCUUCAGAAGAAGAAAGAAAAAAUCCAGUGUUAUAUGCCAAUAACGUCAGGCUUGUAAUGGCAGAGGCAUUGGGAGUUUCAGUGACGGACUAUACAUUUGAAGACUGUCAGCUAGCUUUGGCUGAAGGACAACUUCGUCUGCCUUCAGACACAUGUCUUUUAGAAUUUGCAAAGCUUGUGAGAAGCCUUGGGCUUAAGCCAGAAACACUUGAAGAUGAUCUUGAUAAAUAUGCUGCAAGUGCCAUGAAAAUGAAAAAAGAAAAGGUUGAUCUUAAACAUUUUUCAGCAUACUUGGAAUUUCCAGUUUCUCACACAUUAGAAAGUAUGUUUGCACUUUUUGAUGAGAAUGAAGAUGGCAUAAUUGACAUUCGGGAAUUUGUCAUUGCUCUGUCAGUUGUCUGUAAGCCAUCCAAAACUCUGGAAACAAUUCAGUUGGCAUUUCAGCUGUACCAGUCAGAAAAUGGAACUAUAAUAGAAGAGGAUUUAGCUCAUAUUCUGAAGACUGCCAUGGGUGUGUCACAGAUUAAUGUUACACAUCUUUUUAGAGCUGUAGAUGAAGAAGAAAAAGGAGAGAUUACAUAUGAUGACUUCUACAGAUUUGCUGAAUUGCACCCACACUUUGCAGAAGACUAUCUCUAUGCUGAUCAGAUGGGAGCUGAGAGUGGCUUGGAGACUUCAUCUCUUUCUGCUCCUAAUGGUAUCUGUACUGACUUCAGCCCUGAAAAUGCUCAAGAUAAAAACAAGCCCCUGCAGAAGAAACUAAAUUAAGACUACAGCUGUUACCUUCCUCUCCUG